GGCUGUUGAGGGCAGUAGGCAAGAGAGAGUCAGAGAGUGAGAGUGGAGUCGUUUUGCUGCGGCUCCUCAGUAAACCCAAGUUGGAGACAGAGGGCAUUGUAUUGACAGCAGCAUGAUCCUUAUCACAUUUGGACUCUAUCUUCCACUAUUGUUUUGUUAUGUCUUGUCUCAGUCCUCUUUCCUGGACAAUAUUCUCUCAUUCCCAGCAGCUCUCCAACAACAACCUGCCGUGGACCAGCAGAGGAAAUUCAACCCCUGCUGUUUACUGAGUCCACCCCCGCCCCCCCUAUUCCCUCCUCCUCCCUCACUGUGGCACCCCAGUGGUCAUAAUGAGGAGCCCAGUAAGGGAGGUGAUCACAGACCAGAUCCAGAUAUAGGGACGGAGCUGAAAGGGCCCAGCUGUGUCCCAGGCCCCCCUGGCCCCAACGGACCCCCCGGUCCCCAGGGUCCAGCUGGGCUACCAGGUCUGACGGGACCAAAAGGUGAAAAGGGAGAACUGGGACGACCUGGACAAAAGGGUCGGACGGGGCCUCCAGGUCUCCCGGGGCGCCAGGGACCAGCCGGGUGGCCAGGACCAAAUGGGCCCAAGGGGGAGAAGGGAGAUGGUGGAUUGAUGGGAAUACCUGGAGCAAGAGGACCUCUUGGACCUAAGGGUUUACCUGGAUACAAAGGAGAAAAGGGUUCCCGUGGUGACCGUAGUGAGAGAGGGAUGAAGGGAGACAAGGGCACAAUGGGCUUCCCUGGAAUGCUUGGACAGAAAGGGGAAAUGGGUCCGAAGGGAGAACCUGGAAUCUCAGGGAAUAGAGGACCGACGGGCAGACCAGGGAAGAGGGUUUACCAUAUGUUUGUCUGUCAAUGUUUUUACAUGUGGUAUUUUUCUUGUCUGAUUAAACAGGGUGGGAAGGGCGACAAUGGGAUUAUUGGCCCUCUAGGUCCAGCAGGUCCUCAGGGGCCCCCAGGCCACCCUGGUCCCCCAGGUCUCCCAGCCUCAGGACUCUACGUGGUUGGAACGAAAGGUGAGAGGGGGCUACCAGGUCUUCCUGGACCUUGCAGCUGUAACUCCAUUAGUGUGAAGAGUCCACAGCUUGAUGAACAUAGUUCCAGGAGCGACUACGCCAAAGUGCCAGCGAUAUUUGUGGUAAACAGUCAAGAAGAACUAGAUGGUCUUCAUACGGACAAUGCCCUAGCCUUCCGGAAAGACCAGAGGUCGCUUUACUUCAAAGACACCAGCGGAUGGCUGCCCAUUCAGCUGACACCGUUCCAGUCUACGGAGAACGCUCCGGAACAGGAAGGUUACUGUGGCGACGGGAUCGUUCAGAUCCCCAAUGGGGAGGAAUGUGACGACGGGAAUAGGAUUGUCACCGACGGCUGCGUCAAGUGUAAACAUGCUUACUGUGGAGAUGGUUAUCGCUACGACGGGGCCGAGGAAUGUGAUGGAAAGGACUUUGGCUAUCAGACAUGCAACUCAUAUCUCCCAGGGUCUUAUGGUCGUCUCAGAUGCACUCCGUACUGUGUCAUUGACUCUACAAACUGCAAGUAUUUCACAUGAGGAGGAACCUGGACACAGCAGUGGGAUCCUUCUUGUCUCGUUUGCUUUGGUACUGAACAGGAGGACGGCAAAUAAAAGAUCAACAACAACACUGCAAACAAGAGACUCAAAAAGGAAGUGUUGACAAACUGGACUAAGCCUGACAAAAUAACCAAAACUACACACACUAACUCUGUUGUAUCGCUGCUGAAGCCAUGUAGCUCCCGAGGAGGGGAGCCGGGGCCAGUAAAACGCCCCCUCAUCCAUUCGCACUGGACAAUUUCACUUUGUCUUAAAUAAAACUCAACUCAAGACUGAAGAGGCUCUGCCCACCUGAUAGGACCAGCCGCUGAAGGAGAGGCGGUCAAAUGAGAGACAGCCAGGAAGGGAGAGACAGCCAAUGGGAAAGCUCUGAGAAAGUGAGAGACUCGUGGGUGGAGCCGGAAGCCAUAUUUACCUCGACGUAGCACUGUUAAAGAAGAGAGAACCAGGUCUGAACAAUCAGAAGUAGGGUGCUGUGUAUUUUACUGCAACGUCAAUGACGUCAUGUACUGUAGCAUUUGCAUGAGGCUGAGAUUGCUGUGAGACCAUGGCCACAGAUGUCAUUACCUAGGAAUUUAACCAAUCACAAUACUUACUAUCGUUGUCAUGAGCUUCGUACUGUGUAUAUAUAGUAGGUAUACGUCUCCAAUUGUACGUAGGGAGUAUAUUGUAUGUUAUAAUUGUACUAAUCAGGACAGCAGGGGCAUGUUAUAAUGAUACAGUAUUCAGGAGGAUUCUGAGAGCCUUGGUCAGUCUGUACUGAAGCCUUGGUCAGUCUGUACUGAAGAGGCAGAUCUUAAGCCUUGGUCAGUCUGUACUGAAGAGGCAGAUCUUAAGCCUUAGUCAGUCUGUACUGAAGAGGCAGAUCUUAAGCCUUGGUCAGUCUGUACUGUAGAGGCAGAUCUUAAGCCUUGGUCAGUCUGUACUGUAGAGGCAGAUCUUAAGCCUUGGUCAGUCUGUACUGAAGAGGCAGAUCUUAAGCCUUGGUCAGAUCCUCUUCAGAAGAACAGUAAAGCUAUGUACUGUACAGUAGUAGCAUUAAGCCAAGAUGGCUGCCUGUGGAAAUAGCAGCCAAGCUGAUAGACCGAGAACCCUCACCUUCUGGUAGAACUGAACAGCUGUUGUCCCAAAUGACACCCUAUUCCCCAUGUAGUGCACUACUUGUGACAAGAGUCCUAUGGGCCCUGGUUAAAAGUAGUGCACUAUAUAGGGGAUAGUGUACCAUUUGGACAGCCAGGCCCGUGCGCUCUAUUAGCUUUUGAUGGCACUGUACUGUAGUUGAAGCGGGCCGUUCAGAAUCUGGACUUUGUGGGCAAGGUCACCUUUGCUUUAGUUUAGAUUGACAUUUCCACGGUUUAACUCAGGAACCUCUAACAUAAUGUUUUCAGAGAAAUCCUCCCUCAUAUCCACUGUAGAACACAGAUGAGACCAAUGAGUCUAUGCUGCACACUGACUGUUACACUGUCUCCCUCCUCACUCAGAUGUGCUUACUGUACAUGUUGAUGACUCGUGCCAUCAGUCCUCCAGGUAAAGAGGAGGACCUCAGUGAACUACUGUCUGCAGGGAGAUAUGACACGUGAAGGCAGGCAUGUUAUUAUUACUGCUACAUGUUCUUAAAUAAUUUCCUCAUUGCAGAACUGGA